UCAAGUCAGUCGCCGGCUGACCGCGGACGCAGCGCGUACUUCGUGUUCCAGUGUAUUAAUAAACAAAUAAUGGACUUAGAAUAAAAUUGAUAAGUGAAAUUCAGUGAAUAUGUGGGGAGAAAACAGUCAAGAUUGUGAGAAUAACUGCCAGUGCUCUGGACUAAUAACUGAAAACUUCAGAAUAAACUCUGGUAACAAUGCCACAAAACGGAAGCAGGAAGAAGCACUCACAUACAAUUAUAAAGUCAAAAUUAAACCACACUCAAUAGAUUUCACCCCACACUCUCCUAAUACACCAAGCAAGGUUCUAGGGGAAAUACAAAAGGCCUUAACACCUCAAAGAAAAGUGUUAGGUGAAAUACAAAACUCUCCCAGCUACAAACUAGACUCCAGCCCUUUAACUUUUAAGUCACAUAACUCCCCUAGUCUACAUGGAAUAUCCUACAUUCCAAACUCCCCUGUGAUACCAAAAACAUACUCACCAAGGAUCCCAAACACUCCUGGAAUCUCUAAAAUUCAUAGCUCACCUGGAAUCUCUCUCUCAAACUCCCCUGGUCUUUCGAGGAUAAACCAAUCUCCUGGUAUGUCAAGGAUUAAAAAUUCGCCAACAACACCUUUGACCGCUCAAAAGUAUUCUCCAAAGGUUCCACAAUUGUACAUUAAAAAUUCACCAGCUAUGGAAAGACUUAAGAAGAAAUCUCCUUCGGGAGGCUUAAGGGAGAGAAAAUGGAGUAACCUGUCUAGGAUAUUUGAAGAAAGAACAAUGUUUAAAGCCAAUAAGGAGAAUGAAAAUCUUAAUAUUGAAGAGGAAACUCAAGAUUGUACAUUUGGCUUGGAAAAAAGUGAUCGGGCCAUGGCUAAGUUCGACUUCUCUGACAUUAAGAAAGAGAAAGAAAUGGACGCAGAUAUCUUGGUACCAGAAACGACCACCUCUCUGGAGCCAGAUAUGGAAUCAUUACAAGAUUUAGAAGAGGAAUUCGAUUCUAACAACUUUGAUGAAUGCACCAAGUAUGAAAUUAUAUCAACCGACAGUCCUGAUAUUAUUUCAAGUGGUCGUACGAGUUCCAGAAAGGUCAACCAAAGGAAUUUCGCUUUUGGGGCACCAUUGUCUGAAAACGAAACAUCCACUUCCUUUAACCGACCGAGCUCUUCCAGAGUUCUCAAUUUCGAGAAGAGGAUGGAAAGGUCGAAAUCCAACCGUACAUUGAACUUCGACGAGAGCCGGUCUAGUUUUGAUAAAAUGGAAUUUGAUCCGGAACAAAGUUUUGACUUCAACUCAAAGACUAAAACUAAACUCAGUUUUGAUGAUAGCAACUUUGAAGAGAGCUUCGAAUUCACCUCACCGAUGACUAAAGAUACCACACCAAGAAAGACUGUGUCGGUUAAAAAAUCUCUGAAGUUCACUGAAAGCCCGAAAUUUGAGAAACAGAGUAGCACAUCCAAGUCUCCCUGUUCGAGCAUAUCGAAGCGGUUGACAUCGGAAUCUAUGGAGAGCGGCUUCAUUUCUGAAUUUGAAGAACCAUUCUUGGACAUGGAAGAGAUCUCCAGCUCGCCCAAAAUUUCCAACUUCAGUGACUUGUUAUCCGGUCAAAUUAAGGAGAGCUUCACUGAGAAGCUUCGGCCUUGUGUGCAUAGGAGUUUGAGUUUCAAUCCCGUUUCAAAGAGGUUGAGAGAUGAACCGACUAGUUCGAAUAAGAGGUUAAAGUCUGAAACGACUUUGGCUCCACAAAGGCCAGUUUUACAACGAGCUCUCUCAGAGAAUAAUGCAUCUAUUAUGUCUGCGUUAGCGAGAUCAUGUGUGGAACCAGACCUGAUCGGUGACUUCAGUUCUCCCUUUGCACUUCCACUCACAGCCGGAGACCACUCAGACCUCAAAUCAAUUUCCGGUGAUACACUUGCCGGUUUAAUUCGGGGAGAUUAUUCUGAUAGCAUUCACGACUUUCAGGUGAUAGACUGCCGUUACCCAUACGAGUUCGAAGGUGGCCAUAUCCUGGGCGCAGUGAAUCUGUCUACAGCAGAACAAGUAUUGGAACUGAUGAAUGCACCCCUGAACAGGGACCAGAAGCGGAGGAUAUUGGUGUUCCACUGCGAAUUCUCACUUGAGAGAGGACCUAAGUUAUCGCGUUUCCUCCGUUCCUCGGAUCGAGCAAAGAACCAAGAAAACUAUCCCAACCUCCAUUAUCCAGAGAUCUAUCUCUUACACGCCGGGUACAGAUCGUUCUUCAAGAAUUAUCCGGAACUCUGCUCGCCAAACGGAUACACCGCCAUGCUGGAUCCGAAACACCGCCACUUACUCCGGAAACACCGGUCUUUGCAGCCGUCCGGAAGACGCAAUCGGCUGUUACUGUAGAGACUGAGAGACCGAGAAAAGACCGAUUCUAAAUUGGACCAGUAUUGUAAAAUGCAAUGAAAGACCAAAAAAAAUUGGAACCAUGUAUAGCAAAAGAUAUUAUACCAAUUGUAUAUAGCGGUUUAAAAACCCAGUUUAAGGCCACUUCGAAAAGACCGUGUAAAUAUAAAAGGCCAGAAUUCUAUUAGGGUAAGAGAGAUUAAGGUAAUUUUUUAAAUGUAAAUGGAUUCUUUAGACUUCGUACAUUAAUUUCGGUCUUUGGACUAAAUUAAUUCCAGUCUAAGUUAAAUGAGACUUUGACUAAAUUUAGUUUAAUGAUGCCAUAUUAUUAUAGGAAUAUCCCACCUUUAGUUUUAAGGAAUAAUGCAAUAUAUUUUAAGGAAUACUUAAGAAUCAUGACAAUUUCGUAGCUUUUACAUAGGUUUUGAUACAAAUGUGAGGCCCGCUAUACAUAGAUUUUUAAGAUUACAAAUUUCAAAAAAAUAUGUGUGACAUGUGGCCAUAAUAAUUCGCCAUAAUAAAACCAAAAAUAAUGCUAAUACAGUCUCAAAUUGUGUGAAUAUUUGAGCAGAUGAUUUUGGAGAUUGUUCGAUUUCCAAGAAAAUAAUUUCUUAAUACAGUUUAAUAUUAGUUUUAUAUUUGGUUGAGGAAUACUCAGUUGCGGGCCUCUGAACAGACAUAUGUGUCUGCCCGAGAGGAUUGCCGAUUCGGCGACGUGGCAAUAAUAUACGCUUACAAAAUAUAUUUAUGUUAUUUGCAUUUGAAGACAUGAUUAAAUUAUUUCUUUUUAACACAAUUUCAUGAUUUAAUUUAAAAUUUCAUCUCCAAAAACUUAACAUUUCUGGACUUACUCAAUUAACAUUUCUAAAGGAUUUUUCAAAUAAAUAUUAGUUAACUUAAAGCCGUACUCAGAGUGUUACUUUCAACUAACGAAAUAUAACAUCAUUAAAGAGAAAUCUAAAAACAAAUUGCUUUCAAAAGAA